AUGGGUGCAGCCCAAGGAAGCCUUGCGUUUGUGCCUACGCCAAUCCCCACCACCACGCAGGAGCUGCGUUUGUACAACAAUCAGAUAAGGAAGCUCGAGCCCGGGUUGUUUGACCAUCUGGUGAAUCUGCAGAAGCUGGGUGUGCACAACAACCAGCUGAAGAGCGUUCACAGGGGUAUGACUGAUAGUGGCUACGCACGUUACAGUCCCACAUGUUCGUGCUCAGGGACAACUGUGGACUGCAAUAGCAGAAGCCUCGCGUCUGUGCCUGCGGGAAUCCCCAGCACCACGCAGUAUCUGGGUUUGUCCAGCAAUCAGAUCACGAAGCUCGAGCCUGGGGUGUUUGACAGUUUAACGCAACUGACUUAUCUCAGCCUUCAUACCAACCAGCUGACAGCUCUACCCGAGGGGGUGUUUGACCGACUGGUCAAUCUGCAACAGCUGUUUUUGUAUCAGAACCGACUGUCGUUCAUACCCGCCGGAAUGUUUGACAAACUGACGAAUCUGAAGGAUCUUAAGCUCUACAGCAACCAACUGACGGUUCUGCCUGAGGGACUGUUUAACCGCCUCAUGAAUAUAGUGGUUCUGGAUUUGUGCUGCAACAAGUUCACACAGCUGCCCACUGGCAUUGACAAACUCGCCAAGCUGACGCUGUUGGCUCUGCAAGGAAACCAGCUGAAGAGCGUCUCUGACACAAAGCAUGACUGUUGA